AUGCGUCAUGAACUGGUAUUGGGUAUUGUUAAAAGUAUAUCUGGCGAACCAAACAACGCAAUUUCAAUGGAUGAUUUGAUGUUGUUUGCCAACGUACUCGAGAAGAAUUGCUCUACAUUCAUGAGCCAGAAAGGCGAUUUUCCGUCAAACAAGUUAAAAAAGUAUUUAUCUCCUCCCGUUUCGACAUGUAUUAAUUGUGACAAAAAGUUAUCAAUGCGCAAUAACCCAUCAUCUGCGAUUCUUUUCACUUUAAACGAUCCUGUUUGUUGUCGGAAAGUGUCUUUAGAAUGCAGAGAUUGCUCGAUCAAGUAUGGAGUGUGCAAGUACUCUGAUGAACAUGGUGCUCGAUACUACCAGAGUCAUUUGACGCUUGAUAUCAUUGAAGUAAGCAACGUGACAUACAUCCAUAAGGACUUAUACAAAUGGAUGCCAUCUUUAAGGUAUCAUUUUUUCUCAUAUACUUCUUAACAGUUUUACAAACCAUUUAUAUAUAUUUAACCGAUACAAUUAAAUAUUUCCAAUAUAAAUGGAUUCAUGCAUAACAAACAAUUCGUGAUUAAUUUACAAUUAGGAUACAUGUUCAUGUAUUGUUACAAUAUGACCUAGCUCAUAGAUUGGAUUUAAUUAUAAAUUAUGCACUUAAAGUAACAACACUGGACUAGUCAAAACUACGCGCGUAUAGUGGUGCAGAAAUUUGGUAAAAUUGGUGUCGAAAAUCUUAGAAGCCUUUUAAUAAACGUCCUAUAUUUAGUUUUUUGCGAUCUUUCUAACGAUACAGGUGAUAUUUGGUAAAAGUAAGACAUUGAAAUUUCACAAAAUUUUGUGGCUACCAGGAGCUAAUCUGUAAUGCCCUAUAGCCAAAAAAAUCUUGGCUUAGGUUAUACCCUAACAUGCCAAGUUGUGUGCUUGUAUCAUCAAAUGCACAAUUUUGCCACCAAUCUGCUACACUAUUAGCCUGCCCCUGAACAUAGGUAGGGCACAUAGGCUAGGCACAUGGGGGAUCAUUGCCAGUUAAUGGGUUUAAAAUAUGAUGCAGGGCAUAAUAUCAGCCUUCAAUUCUGAUGUGUUUUUGUGAUUUAUUUUACAGCAAUCAUUGUUGGGUAUCAUUCAGUGGCUUUGCUGAGGCCUACAAUGAAAUUUACCAGGAAGAAAUAAAGUUGUAUUCCUCACUUGUAGAUGGUUAGUGUUCACUUACAACUUAGUGGAUUUAUUGGCUAAUUUUUUUAUUAAUUUUGUUUAAUUUCAAGUACGAGUAUGCAGCCUUUGUUCCUUCUAAAAUGUACUGCACUCAAAUUUAUCUAUACACUCAACCCUAGUACCAUUAUGAAACCAGUUCUAAUAUAACUGGUGUGGCAUCAAUAGAGGUACCUAGUGGGAGUGAAAAUGAAGUACAGUAAUCAGAAUUAUAAGAAACACAUAAAACUAAGACACUGACUCAAACAAAUAUAUAUGCACAUUGCCACAUAAAGGGUUAACACCAAAUUUAAUAUAAAAGACGUGCAUCAAUUAACUGGCAAGUUUUUAGUAUAAUGCAGAUUUUAGUAUGUCACAGAAAUCCACUCCCUCCCCCUUUUGCCUUUCCCAAAUGGGUGAAAUAAACUUAGCAAUUUCUCCUGGAUCCCAGAGGACAUUUGCCUCUAAUAUCCCUUAUAUCCAUCCUGUUUCUCCUUGAAUGUCCCAGGGUUGUACCCCCAGGGAUGGCCAAUGAUAGGUGCAUUAUAUGAAAAAAUAUGUACUUAAAGAGGGGCUCUACAGUAAUUUUUUAGUCAAGUAAGUAUUGUUUACAUUUUUUUGUUAUUGUUGCUACUUGACAUGCACAUCACGGCAUGCAUGUGUCUUCCGGUGUGCGAAAGUACUCAUACUCAUGGGUACUGCAUGUAAGAUACAGCCAAACGAAUCUCCAUGGAGUCCCCUACUUAAGGUGGCUUUUCGACUAAAAAUGAUUGUAGGGCCCCUUUAACAUCCCAAAUAUGAUAUAUACUGUAAAUUUAUUAACAGAAAAGAAAUCCAGCAAUGAAGAGAGUCAUUGUUUCAAUGAUGGUUAAAAUGAUGAUGGUGAUAAUAAUAAAGGUUACUAAUGAAACAAUAUGAUCAAUUGAAAAUAUUCUUAUGAUUUUGAUACAAUAUCAGACAUCUGAAAACAAUUAUGAAAAUAUUGAUAUUUGCACAUUUUGGAAAGUCCUGUAUGCCUAAUUGUGAAUUAUAUACUAAUUAACUAUGUACCCUAUUUUCAGUUUUGACCUAUUUUGUGUCUUCACAUUUUCCUAUUUACUCAACUGGUCUUUGCAUUAAAGGCAUUAAAGGCCACUAGGUACUAGUUUGUCUGUAGCUUUCAAGUGUUUUACAUAACAUACAUAAUUUAACCUAAGAUGAAAAUCAUUACAUUAGAUCUUGACAUAUACUUUUUAUUCUUAAUUAGGUAUUCUUCCUGGAGAGAUGUCUGCAAAAGCAAUUGCUAAAUGCUUCUGGAACCAUGAGACAGAAUUAGAGCUUGACAUUCAUGGGUUACGGGAGGAAUGGCUUUUCAAACCUGAGAAAAAUGGUUCCCUUACAGGCAAUGUAGAUGAAGUGAUGGAAUAUGUUGACAAAAGUCGUUGUGGGGAAUUGUAUGCUCAUAAAUGUUCAGCUAGUUGUCAAGAGAAAGGUAGUUAAAAAAUUAUACAAGUAUACAAUUUUAAACCUAAGCAGGAGCAGUUUUGAAAAAUACAAAUAUAGGCCCUCUGGUAGGACUUUAACAUGUAGAAUUGCAGGGCCGCACAAACACCGACUAUGAUAGAAUAAGCUCACCAUCCAUAUCUUUCCAUCCUUAAAAAUUUACAAUCACUCUAGGAUGUGGGAAGCUCUAUGUUGCUGAUGGCAACUGGAAGCUUAGAUAUGCUCACUGUAUGUGGAAAGUGCCAGUUGAGAUUGAAGGUUUUGGUAGUGUAAACUAUCCCAGAAUCUGUCCUCUUUCACCACAACGAGGCCAUGCCUUCCGUGGGGACCACUGUAAGAAGGCUCAGGUCUUGGGAUAUCCAACAAAGACAAAAUAAUUUUUUGAAAGAUGUGGAAUUGUGGACUCAACUGUGGAAGAAGGUGAUUUUUAAUUGUUAACCAUUACCCAAUGAGCCUACUUUAAUAUAAUAUUUUACUUUGUCCAAUGCCAGACAAUUUUACUCAUCAAUGGAAUAAUACUGGCAGUUAACAUUUCCUCGAGAAUACAAAAAAUCUCCCUAUUACAAAAUUUGGCAGGGUCACAACAACAGCAUAUUACCAAAUAGUGUGGGCCCAAAAAUAAAAUUCCCAGUAGUAAAAUUCCUCAAUUCCUGCAUGUAUUCAGUAUAUUGGACAUUAUGUGUAUGUUGAAUUUUGGUCUAGGAUAUUAUAAAUAAUAUUUGAAUUCUAUUUUGUUGAAAAUAUGCUUCUUUCUGUCAGUUCACUCUAAAAUUCUUUAAUAGGAGUGAGGUAGGAUGGCUGAUUCUAGGCAUGCUGUACAAGUUUUUACUAAAUCUAUUUUUUUCAGCAUUGGAUGAAAUGUCUUCAAAACCUUUAUUGUCAGGUUUGAUUAAAAUUGCAAUUUCUAAAUUUUGCUGCUUGUCCAUCAACAAAUUUUCAGAACACCAGUUUAAAUAAUUAAUGUAAUUAUCAAAUAGCACUCCACUCUCCAGUCUAGUACCUUUAUCUGAUGCUAAAGUCAAACAGAGCAUUUUAGAAACAUUUUUUUGCAUGAUUUUUGGUAAAUGAGUAAAAGAAAUGCUAUGCCUAUAAACGGCAAUUUGUUGUGAUCAUUCUCUUGGUUACUUGAAGUACUGUAUAUGGUAAUUGAGUGAGAAGACUAUUAUGAAUACUUAAUUGUUAGUACGCUUUCAGUUUUAUGCUCUAUUUGUAGAUGUCUCAUUUGAAGCUGUCAACAAUUACCUUGAUACUGUUGCAAAGUAUUCAAGUCCAUCAAGCAAGAAUCUGGCUAAUGCUACUACGUUUCAAGGUACCGUACUGUAAAGUGUAAUAUUUUAAGGCAAUGUUUGAUAUGGAUGAAGAUGAUUUUCAGACUAUUAGCCAUGUCACAUCACAUGCUUCUUUCAGGAACAGAAGAAUUUAUUGCAAAAAAUCCAAAUUUCUUGGAAAUCAAAGACGCAGGAGAAAAAGCAGCAGGUUUUAUUUGCAAUAAGGACACAGGUGGAUUGAAAACCUUCCACUUUUAUAGUCAGCGCGGGUGGACAUAUAGAAUACUGGCAACCUUUGUACAGGUACUGUACAAUGGAACUAAAUACCGUCAAACAUUUUAGGAAAAUAUGGGAUAAAAAAGCAUUGAUCUUAUGCACUUGUCAUCGGAGACACCACCCCCCGGACUUAGAAUUGUAAACAUGCAAAAAUAUGUAGGUGCGGUCAUAGCCGUUUACAGCAGUGGUGGUGAUUCCACAGUUUGGUGAGUUCCGUAUUAUUUUCCAUGUUUGAAACUUUUAAUUGAUACAUUGUUCUAGAAGGGCCUUUUGCUUGCCCCUAUGGCUGGGGUUUGUCUUUCAGUUGCUAAAAAGGUCUAUGACUAUAGCCCAUGUUUCCCUGUGGUGGGGGUUUCCCAUAACAAGUGCAUUAUACUGUAUAUAGAUCAUGUGACUAAGUCAAACCUCUGGCCAUUAUUUUUGUUGUUUUAGAUCGGAGUCGCCAACGCAAGCGUACCUCAUAACAAUUUUGUGGCUUUAUGGAAAAUUUAAACAUUUAAUUGAUGCUGGAUGGAGCGACGAUGCUAUUCGUGAUGAGCUAUCAUCAAUAGUCCUGGCUUAUGACAACAUGUGCCAUCUCGAUGGCUUGCUUGUUUCAAAAAGGAAGUUACCUCUUCCCAAACCAUUUGACGAGGCUUGGGAAUGCAUUGGAAAAUGUAUUGACCGUUUACACUUGCGUAACCACGUUGAUCCAAAAUGUAAGGAGCUGUAUGAUCCAGAUGACAAAGUCCCCAAGGGCUACAACACAAUGGCUUGCGAACAAACAUUCAUUUGGGCAAGUAGGUACAAGAGAGUCAUGUGUGCUAUGCCUCACCUUCACCAGUUUUUCUUUUUACAUCGAGUGGUACAAUACAGGAACAGAUACACAGAAAUAUGUCAUGAAAACCGGAAAAUAGCAAUCCUCCCCAAGAAAUAA